AGCAAAUUCCCAAUUCUUUCUAUAUUAGUAGUAAAAAUAAAACGAUUCUCUAACUUGAAAUCCGCUUCGUUUUGGUUAACAGUUGAAAUCAACUCUUACCGCCUUACCCAGCUAAAACGAGUUGGCGUCUCAUUUAGAGAAACAGAAAUUUAUUUUUCUUCAGCUGAAAACCACUUUUUUUCUUGCUCAGUAAAGUGAUCCCCUUUACUAUAAACAGCAUUUUAGAUGUUCUUCUUGAAAUUUGAAGAUCUGUUGUUAAAGACGAACCAACAAUGACGAAACGAGUCGGAGAUUUGUUAAAGAAACGAACGGGUAGAGGAUCUUGCCGUGGUAGUUAAAUCAUUGUUUUUCCCGUCCGAUUUGUUAGAUUUGAUUAAAUAAACGACAAAGAUGAAUUCCGGGAUUAAAGAGACGCUUAAGUGUCUUUGUUGUAACAAUGGAUGGUCUUAUGGUGUCUUUUGGCGCGUCAAUCGUCAAAAUCCCAUGGCGCUAACCAUUGAAGCUGCAUACUCAGAAGAGCAAACCGGAAUUGUUAUUGAAAAGAUGCUUCAACAGGUUCAUAUGCUAGGCGAAGGAAUCAUUGGACAGGCGGCUUUCACUGGGAAGCAUCAAUGGAUGUUUGCAUCUACUUACUGUGGAGAGUGGGGUCCCACGUUGUUCAUUGACAAUCAAGAUGGUUUCCAGGAUCUCUCUCAGCUUCACCAACAAUUUUCAUCUGGAAUAGAGACAAUUGCCUUGAUUUCUGUAGCUCCACAAGGGGUAGUACAGUUUGGAUCCACCCGAAAGAUUAUGGAGAGCUUGGAAUUUUUUGAUCAGGUUACCAAUUUGUUUCGGCAUCCAGAAAAUGUCGAAGGUGAUCUCGUCUCUAGAAAUGCACCAUCUGUAAAUGAUGAAACAUAUAUUCCGAGUAGAGGAGUUGAUUCCAUGCUCUCAUCAGAAACUGCAUUUUCUAAUUAUUGGAACGUCAAUGCGAUGCCUGAUGAGCUUAACAGCAAAAAGCUGAUGGGGAAAACACCUGUAAUGGGUCCUGUUAAUGCAUUCUCUUUCGCUGGGUAUCAGAUGAACAACAUGAACCCCAUAAUGAAUAAAUCCUCUCUGAACCCUGAAACACAAUUCCAAAAUGGUGAAGCAGGUCAAGCCAUACACCCCACCAUGAGUACGUGGGCAAGCAGUCUAACAUCCUGUGAGAAACAAGUGAUACCUGAAAUAAGAAAACAAGAGAGUUCAAAUGCAUUUUCUGGAAAUCUUAAUCGUAUUACCGGUAUAAGCACAUUUCAGGAUUUUCAAGGAGAUGCCAUAACUCAAUUUAACAUGCAUAUUGGACAAAGUCAAGGAGAUAAUUUUCAGCAAUCCUUUACAGCAAUUCAUCCAAAUAUACAACUUGUGAAGGAAUCCACUAGCUUCAACGCAUAUCAAGGAGAAAAUGCAGCAAAUGAUCUCUCCCAGUACUUUGUUGAAUCACAAGUACAUUCAAGCAGAUCUUUUACACCCACAGAUGAGAAAUCACAAGCACUUGCCAUUACAUCAUCUGGUUCAGUUUUAGGAGAUUAUUUUAGUGGGAUACACACAACAAAAACUACUAUGCAGAAUCCCACCAGCGACGCCAUCAGUUCGCUAGGUUUGGUACCUGAUGGAAAAGAGAACUCCCUUACUAUUACCCAGCAAUUCUCUUCUGAUAACGACUUAUACAACAGUUUGGUUUUGACUUUUAGCCAAAACGAUGGGACUGAAUGUUGGAAUGAUCUUAUAACUUCAGGAGGAAGUGGAAGUCAGUCCAGUUUAAGUAAUGGUACUUCAGAUUGUGUCUCAGAGUUGGAUGUUGGUUCCAUUCCUUCGGAGAACCGACUCUGUCCAGAGUUUGGACUUCAACAUAUACUAGUCAGUGGUUCUGGCGCUUCUACUUUCAUUGAUAUACCUAGUUCAGAGGAUCAUUUGUCGCCCACAACAAUAAUGUCGGGAGGAAAUGCCUCGUUGUACCGUAGUAGAACUCAGAUGGCGGCUAUUUCUGGCAGUAGUGCAACUAUGGACAGAUUUUUAGCUGAUUGUGAACCACAGAAGAUAUCAAUAUAUGGAAAUCAGAAAGAGGCUCCUAUCAAAUCCCAGGUAGGGGCAUGGGUUGGUGAUACUUAUAGCAUCCAUUCUGAUUGUGCUGUGAGUACUCAGCCGAAGAGAUCUGAAGAACCAGUGAGAGUCAACAAAAAAAGAGCUCGGCCAGGGGAAAGUACGAGGCCAAGGCCAAAAGAUCGUCAGCAGAUUCAAGACCGUGUAAAAGAGUUACGGGAGAUUGUGCCCCAUGGUAUAAAGUGUAGCAUCGACGGUUUAUUGGACCGCACCAUUAAAUAUAUGGUUUUCUUGCAAAGUGUGACGAAAUAUGCAGACAAACUUAAAGAAGCAUGUGUGCCGAAGAUUAUCGGUGCUGAGAGUGGGGUGAUUCUUAAGGACAACUCAACUGGUGAAGGUGCUACAUGGGCAUUUGAAGUUAAUGGCAAAACGAUGGUUUGCCCAAUUACAGUAGGGGAUCUUAGCCCUCCUAGCCAAAUGCUUGUAGAGAUGUUGUGUGAUGAAGGAGACUUCUUUCUUGAGAUAGCUGACAUCAUUCGUGGGUUUGGCCUGACCAUCUUGAAAGGAAUUAUGGAAGUUCAAGAGGAUAAGAUAUGGGCACGCUUCAUUGUUGAGGCUAACAGGAAUGUAACCCGAAUGGAUAUAUUUCUUUCCCUGGUUCAAUUUUUACAACAAUUAGCAACUGGGGGAAUUAACUUCAGCAGCCAGUCAAGUAUCGUUGGUGAAACUACAGCUCCAUAUUCAAAUUACCAGCAAUCACAUGUACCGCUGACAAUUGGGUUAGCAGAUAGAUUACUGUGAUCAUUUCAUAUCAACGAGGAUUCACAAGACCACAGGUGCCGCGAGCAAUAACCUUUUUAGGUGUCUGCCAUGACUGGCAUUGGGAAAGUCGUCAGUGUAAGAACGGAUCAUAUAAGAUUCUUGAUUAAUAGAGGAAGUGUAGGAGUGUUGGCGUUAAAGAACUAAUCAUAGCAGAUUUUUUCAUUGGUAGCGGAUGUUUGGGAGUGAUGGAAGCAUAAGUGGAAACUGGAAAGAGAAAGGCAGGAUCCAUUCUUUUGGUCAGGGCUUAGAGAGGCAGAUCGUUUGUAGGAAGUGCAAGAAACUAUUUGCAUUACUUUUGAGCAAGAUUAUUAGGUUUAAAAUGAGGAGUGGUAUAACUGGCAAGUGCGUGUUGGGUAAUAUGGUCAAAAGGGAUUUUGGGGAUCUAUAAUUUAUUUUUAUUGGGAUUGUCGGGUAAUAUGGUCAAAAGGGAUUGUUUGUUUUGUUUCGUUUUCUAUUUGCUCCGCUUUAGUAACUGUCUAUAGGAAACCUAAAAAAAGAAAAACCCUUGUUUAAGGGGAAAAAUAGGAGAAGACAAAGAGUAUGAGAACUUCGGUCAAUAGAACUUCGUAUGUAGUGCUUCACGUACGGUGUUUCGAAUGUAGGUCUUCAAAUGUAGUUUUUACCUUGAUGACUUGUUCCAAAA